GCGAUUCUCCAGUGCAACAGUCAUGAAGGUACUUGUAUCUGUGUUACUGCUGUCUUUGGCAGCUGGUACAACCGCAUUCGAAAGAAUCGUCAGUGGCCAAGAUGCUCCCGAUGGCAAGUUUCCAUACCAGGUAGCGUUGAAAUACUUUGGCUUAUACUUUUGCGGUGGAUCCAUCAUCGAUAAACGCUGGAUCUUGACUGCUGCCCACUGUCUUCGAAAUCGAUCGCCCGAAUUCAUCAAGGUCUACGCCGGUUCUAACAAACUCACGGACGAAAAGGCCCAAUUUUAUCAGGCGGAGUACCUGACCUAUCAUGAAAAUUUCACGAUGAAGUACUUGGACAAUGACAUCGGUUUAAUUCGUGUCAUCGAGGAUAUGGACUUCAACGAGCAUGUACAGCCUAUAGCUUUGCCCACUGACGAUACAACCGAUAAUACUUCCGUCGUUCUCAGCGGAUGGGGACUGACCCAUGUCAAUGGUACCUUAGCCAAAAACCUGCAGGAGAUCGACCUCAAAAUUGUCAGCCAAGAAGAGUGUGAUCAAUUCUGGAGUACUAUCUUUCCGAUCACUGAGGCUCAUCUCUGCACUUUUACGAAAAUUGGAGAAGGUUCCUGCAGGGGUGACUCUGGUGGCCCGCUCGUGGCUGACAAAGUUCAAGUUGGUAUCGUUUCGUUCGGACUACCAUGUGCUGUCGGUCAUCCCGAUGUCUUCACCAAAGUGUACACUUUUCUCGAUUGGAUCCAGAAGCAACAGAACAAAUUCCGCUGAUCAAUUCAAAUUGCUAAUUUCGUUAAAUGCAAAUCAUUAACAAUUUUCAAAAACUAUAUAUCCAAAUUAAAACGAACACUAAAACACUUUAAUACUACACCUCAGUGCUUUCUUUGAAAAAGUGGAACACGUGAAGUUGGUAUGCACGCAGCACUUGAUGCGGGGCAAUCAUAAUCGCGCACCUACAUUCGAGCGCAUUUCUUAUCGCAAUUUAACUUACUCAAGAGAAGCGAUGUACUCUUGAAAUCACGACCAAGAUUAAAAAAUAUUAUUUUUUUAAAUACUAUAAC